GUGGGUCUGCAGGGCAGUCGGGAGUCAGCAUGGCGGCCCCCUUGGCCGGGAAGAAGAUCGUGUUUGUCACGGGGAACGCCAAGAAGCUGGAGGAGGUCAUUCAGAUUCUGGGAGAUAAGUUUCCAUGCACUUUGGUGGCACAGAAAAUUGACCUGCCGGAGUACCAGGGAGAGCCUGAUGAGAUUUCCAUACAGAAGUGUCGGGAGGCAGCUCGCCAGGUACGGGGGCCUGUGCUGGUGGAGGACACCUGUCUGUGCUUCAACGCCCUCGGGGGCCUCCCUGGCCCCUACAUAAAGUGGUUUCUGGACAAGUUAAAGCCUGAAGGUCUCUACCAGCUCCUGGCUGGGUUCGAGGACAAGUCUGCCUACGCGCUCUGCACGUUCGCACUCAGCACCGGGGACCCCAGCGAGCCAGUGCGCCUGUUCAGGGGCCGGACCUUGGGCCAGAUCGUGGCGCCCCGAGGCUGCCGAGACUUUGGCUGGGAUCCCUGCUUUCAGCCUGAUGGAUAUGAGCAGACGUAUGCAGAGAUGCCCAAGGCGGAGAAGAACACCAUUUCCCAUCGCUUCCGGGCCUUGCUUGAGCUGCAGAAGUACUUCGGCGGCCUCGCUCCCCCGGUAGUUGGUGGUGAUUGCCCCGGCCGGGGAGCUGGGGAAGGCUAGCCUGCCACCUCCGCCAUCAGACAGGCAGCCCUCCAAGUACUGCCGUCCAGAUCACCGCUUCCUGGGGCGGGGGGGUUGAGACAGCCUCACCAUCCCUGGAGGAGCAGCUGGCUCAGCUGGGAGAAACUUGGGGCCCUCGGGGAUUCAGUGGGCCCUCCUGCAGCCUCCUGGCCUGGGAUCCUGAAAGGACCUGGGAUGUGAAGCUGGCCGCAGCAGGCCCGAGGGUUUGGGAAGAACCCCACAAAUCGCCCUCGACGUUUUUAAAGUGGUAGAAAUAAAAAUACUGGAAGGCACUUUCCUCCAGAAUAAACUGGAUAUAUCAGCUUUGAAACCUGCCCCAGGCAGUUGUGUGUUUCCUGAAUCUCUUUGCGCGGGAGCAGGAAACCU